AUGAAAUCUGCUGCUGCGCUUAAGAAACUGAGAGCUUUAAUGAAAAAUCUUACUUAUGUAAAUGAACCACUAAAUGCUUACAUAGUUCCAGAAACUGACUCCCAUUCAGUUGAAUAUUUGGCAGAAUGUGAUAAAAGAAGAUCAUUUAUUUCUGGCUUUACUGGCUCAUACGGCACUGCCAUUAUAACAGAUAAACAUGCUUGUUUAUGGACGGAUGGACGUUAUUUUAUUCAAGCCAGCAAAGAAUUAGAUAGUGAAUAUUGGACAUUAAUGAAAGAAGGUACUCCAUCUACUCCUAGUCAAGAAAUUUGGUUGGUUCAAAAUUUACCAGAAGGCAGCAGAGUUGGAGUUGAUCCUAAAUACAUGCAAUAUGAUAAAUGGAUUAUACUACAAACAGAAUUGGAAUCUUCAGGACUUAACCUUGUGCCUGUUAGUACGAAUCUUAUCGAUGUCAUUUGGGAAAACAAACCUGAACCCCCCAAUUCAAUUAUUGAACCCCUGCCUUUUAAGUACAGCGGAAAAACUUCCAAAACGAAAAUAAAUGAAGUAAGAGCUAUAAUGAAAGAGAAAAAAGCUAAAAUUCUAGUUAUUACUGCACUGGAUGAAAUAGCAUGGUUGUUAAAUUUAAGAGGCUCAGACAUUGAAUAUAAUCCCGUUUUCUUUUCGUAUGCUAUUGUAACAAUGAAUACAACAUAUUUGUUCAUUGAUAAUUCGAAAAUAACCUCUUCAGUGAUGAAACAAUUUAAAACAGAAGAUGUCGAUAUUAAUAUUCAACCUUAUGAAAAAAUUCAAGAUGUUUUAAUUCAGUUCAUUGAAAAAGAACAAGGAAGAAUUUGGAUUAGUCAUAACUCAAAUUAUGAUUUGGUGUCGUUAAUACCUGAAAAAAGAAGAUUCACACAAAUAUGUCCUGUAGCUCCUUUAAAAGCUAUAAAAAAUAAUACUGAAAUUCAAGGUAGAUUAAUCAAUUGUCACAUUAGAGAUGGUGCUGCUUUAUGCUGUUAUUUUGCUUGGUUAGAAAAUAAUGUGGGUAAAGAAGUUAUAACAGAAGUGAGUGGAGCAGACAAGCUAGAAGAAUUCAGGAAAAAACUUGAUGAUUAUGUUGGACUGAGCUUUCCGACUAUAUCUUCUGUGGGUCCCAAUGCAGCUAUCACACAUUAUCGUCCAGAAAAAGGAACUGAUUUAAACAUUACAACUAAUCAAAUAUAUUUAUGUGACUCCGGAGCUCAAUUCAAAGAUGGUACCACAGAUGUUACUAGGACAUUACAUUUUGGAACUCCGAAAGAUUUUGAAAAAGAAUGUUUUACAAGAGUUUUAAAAGGUCAAAUUUAUUUAGCAACUUCAAUUUUUCCUACCAAAAUCAAGGGGAAUCAUUUAGAUACUCUGGCAAGAAAGUACUUAUGGGAUGUUGGACUUGAUUACAUGCACGGGACGGGACACGGUAUUGGAAUGUAUUUAAAUGUACACGAAGGACCAAUGGGUAUAUCAUGGAGACCUUAUCCGGAUGAUCCAGGAUUAGAAGAAGGAAUGUUUUUGUCUAACGAACCCGGUUACUAUCAAGAUAAUGAAUUUGGCAUAAGAUUAGAAAAUAUUGUUAGAGUUAUUCGAGCGAAUCCUCCAAAUAAUUUUAAAAAUAGAGGGUUUUUAACUUUUGAAACUGUGACAAUGGUACCCAUUCAGAAAAAAAUGAUAAUUCCCGAUAUGCUCACAGAAAAAGAAAUAUCAUAUUUGAAUGCUUAUCAUUUAGAGUGCAGGGAAAAAGUUGGACCUUUGCUUAACGAGAUGGGUGAAAAAGAGGCUUUGCAUUGGCUAACGAAAGAAACACAACCUAUAGGUUAG